GUGCAUCAGCUCCGAGCUUCGCAGCUUUUGUCUUAGGGAGAAGAGGGUAAGGGGAAGCGCCCGUGUGUUGCGGGGAGCGAGGGCUGGGUGCUACCUGCGAACACACAACAUUGGAAACAAUCAUCGGGAUUUGUUUGAUUGAGUGGUAUAGGAUUUUUUUUUAAAGAAAAUAUAAAAUCUGUGUUUCGCUGGAUUCGAGUUCGCCUUGGCUUCUAAAUGUGUUAGCAGGAGGGAAAUCAAAAUAAAAAUAAAAUAAAAAAAGUUUCACGCUAUUUCAGGAAAUUCCAAUUACCAGUUAUAGAAAGGGGGGAAAAAAUCGGGAAAAUUUUUCUCAAUUUCACUGAACGAGUAAGUUGUCCCCUGGGGGAAUUUUUUUUUUAUUCGUGUGGGUCUGGAUUCUGAAAAUAUUAUUGGAGUGUUUCGUGUGACCCUGUUGGACCCAGCCGGACCUUUAUGGACCCGUGUGGACCCGUGUACACAGCAUGUGUUGUAGGCAUUCGGAGAUAGCCAAUAGCUUCGUGAUAAUAUCAAGUAUGUAACUGAUUGAACAAGCCGUGUUGGGAUCUAUUCAACAAAAUAAUAAAUACCCUGUGUGUGUUAUUCGAUGGAUCUUACCUAAAACAAUUUUCGUUGGAUACAUUUUUCUGACUUGACGCUUGCUGCGACUGCGCUAUGUAAAAAAAGAGGCGGAGCCCUAGCCUCCAUGCUGAAACAAUCCAUGGAUCACAUUGACGUCAUCACCGACACCCACGUCAAAAACGGUGACGUCACGCUCAACGGCAAGGCGUCACACAAACGACGAGCGCCGGAGCCGUUUCCCGCGGCGCCGGGGCCGGAUUACGGCUCCAGCUUGAAGCGGGAGCCCCGGGCCCCCAAGAAUGAGCUGCAGGCUGACCACUCCAAGCCGUUGAAACGGCAACGAAGCAACAGAUCAGCACGCAGCGCCACAUCGUCAGCCAAGCGGCGACAGCAUGAAGAUGGCUGCGUCACAUGUCUUAGGGGAACCUUACACUGCUACAAUGUUUUUAUAUUAAUUGUAGGGUGUGCAGCAUUAGGUGUUGGUAUAUGGCUGCUGGUGACAGACUUUGGUGCCAGGAAAGUUACCCCAAUUGUUGGCAACCAGCUGUAUGAAGUCACAACAUAUUUGUUAAUAGCAGGAGGAGGGGCUGUGGCGUUGCUUGCUUUCUGUGGAUGUUGCGGCACAAUUCGGGAAGAUAAAUGUGUACUUUCUUUUUAUGGGACAACAUUAGCCAUUGUCUUCAUUGUGCUGGGUGCAGCUUGUGGCUUAGCUUUUUUUUUCAGGAGUGAGCUGGCGUCUAAAAUAAAGACACGCAUGCAAGAUUCCCUGUCUCUUAGUUACGGGGUGGACGUUAGGACAAAUCAUGAAAACAAGAGGAUAACAGACGCCUGGGAUGCUAUGCAAAGACAGCUUCAGUGUUGUGGUAUUGAGGGCAACGUGACCUCAGUCAGCUCCUGGAUGUUCUACAAGUCCAACACCAAGUGGUUUAAUUCCAAAAGUGAGAACAUUCUUAAAAAAGUAGGAGGUACUUUCAUGGUGCCAGAGAGCUGCUGCGCUCCUGGCAAUGUGAAGAUCUGUACAGGGGAAGAAGAGUUUCGAGGCCCACCUAGCUAUCACAACAACCAUAACCCAGAAUACAGGAAGACUAACCCCUACUUGUACACCACAGGAUGCUAUGAUGCAUUGCUGGACUACUUGCACACAUAUUCUGCAGUGGUUGGGACUGUAGCUGCCGUUGUGCCUCUAUUUCUGGUAUUUGGUAUUGUGAUAUCAUUUUGUUUGUGUUCGCGGGUGUCUGGAUAUUCACACGAGGAUGAGGUUGACUUAUAGCCCCUGACGUCCCUACCCCUCUGCUGCGGUGAAGAAAGCUGUAAAUACAAGAAGUCCACUUGAUCAUCAUCCGUGUGUUUUUAUGGCGAAUGCUAGCGUUUGUCUGGGGGAUUAGUGAGGUAGACAGACAUCUGCAGGUUCUGUUAGUCUGGGGAUUACAGAGACAGACAUCCCCAGGCUCUGUGUUAGACCUUAGCAAUACAUGUUCCUGGUGCCUCAGAUAGGUGUUACAGCUUUUAUAUUGUAAGGCAAAGGCCCAGUCCACAGCUACAGACAUUUAUUUUUGUACAUUCCAAAUGUGUCGGCACUACCUUAAUUGAACACUCCCCUCCACCAUCUCAUAUUUUGAUCUAUUUCUUCCCUCCAGCAUUCAUCUUUUUCCAUCAGAUAGACACUACUAGAGGAAUUUUUUUUUAAAGUCAUACUGACACUUUUUAGUUUAGACUGAUUGCAGUUAUUUUGAAAAGUAAUUACUAUCCUAAUCAAUAAGUAACUAGAUUUUAAGUAGCUGUCAAACUUUUCUAAUAAUAAAAAGCACUGCUUAUAACAUCUUCUACCUUCAGCAUUUCAUUUUCAAAUCUUGAGAUAAGAAUACAUUUGGAAUCAUAAAGGAGAGUUAUAAAUUGAAACUUAGGUUUGAGAAGGAAAAAAGUGGAUGUGAUUUCUUGUUGAAUAUUUUGUUACAGAAGGUAAUUCCAUAUCCAAAUCAGGAUUCUUACUGCAACCUUCUCUCCCCACCACACUAUCAUCUUGUCCAGUCCAAGUUAUUUAUUACAUUACUGAGUGUGGCCUGUGGAUGAAAGUGUGCAGGUUCUGAAUGUUUCUUAAAGCCUUUGGGUUUGAGUGUAUGAAUUAUGAAUGUCACUCAUCUAAUAUAUAAAAAAAGUUAUAAUUUCUGAAUGAAGUAUGAUGAAUUUUAAUAAUGCUACGAAUAAGUUUUUUGUAAGUGUACAAGGAUGUGAGAAUACUACUUGAGAAAAUGUUCAAAUGCUUUUGCCUAAGAGAUUGUAAUGAAUGUUUGUUAAUGUCUUGUUUUUGGCAGCAUAUGCUAAUGAGAUGAUGAUGUUGUUUUUUUUUUUUAUUAAAACAUGGAUUGUAUAAACUAAUGAACAUUUUUAUGUUAUAAAUUACAUUAAUUAAAAAAACAUUUUAUUAAAGUGAUAUCGUGGAUGAUUUGUGAUGAUCUUUUAAUCUGUGAGUUGUUGGAUUAACUUGAUGUGUGUGUACAGAACUUCUACCUAUGUUGUAUUAAGCUCUGGUGUAUUUAGACUGAUGCCUUCUUUUCAAAGGCAUAAGUUUAUGUCAACAUUUUUCCUUAAUUUCCUCUUAUUUUAGUUGACAUUUAUGAAUGAUGACACAUUUCAUUGUAUCCAACUCUUCAAGACGCAAACGUAUAAAAUAACCUUUAAAACAUUAUAUGCUAAAUAUUUGCUAAAUUUUAGCUUUUAUGUUCAAUAAUAUUUUUACAGAGUAAACCUUCACAGGGUUCAUACCUAAUUUUAAAUAGGUGUGUUUUUAAAUAGUCACAUCCUGACAUUACAUAGUACAGCAUGUGUUUGUACUCUGGCAUUACACAAUACAACAUAUUCUUGUAACUUGGCAUUACACAGUAUGACAUGUUUGUACGCUGGCAUUACAGAAAACAUGCUUGUAUGCUGGGAUUACACAGUACAACAUAUGCUUGUACGUAGGCAUUCCACAAGACAAGAGACACUACACCUAUCUACUUAAGUUACAUUAGAUGCACACCACUAUCAUCCAAUCAAUCCCUUAAGUCCCUUAAACUUUUUCCAAUCAGGAUUCCACUAAACCAGAUAUAAGCUAGUAUUAGCUCAUACAUUUUUAUCAUUAAUUUUUAAACAUCGCGUUAUUAAAUAUACUUUGUAUAUAGUAUUCUCUUUUUAUCCAAUUAAAUUCAUAACCAUGUGUAGGAAUUUGUCUGUUUUUCAAUUGUUGACCUAUGAAGUAAAUUAAGGCCUAUACUUCCAUGGUAGAGAUGGCAUGGGUGUAGUCUUGUUAAAAUGGAUGUUGUUAGAAGCCCAGUGCUAUCAUGUUCUAUAAACCGGUUUAGAUUGGAAUAUUUACUUUUUUUAGCUUAUAAAGUUAAGCACCUUCGUUUGAUUUUUCACACUCAUCAUGCUGAUGAGGAGAGGUUAGCUGUUACACAUGAAUACAUUUUAUAUGAAGAUAGAAGGAUAUUUGGGGCAGGUUUGGAUAGUUCUAAUCUGAAUUAGUCUGAAGUAUUUUUUUUUUUAAAUUUAAAUUUACCAUACCUAUGAAAGCCUAAUACAAGCCAGCACCAUCUUAUCUUGUUAUGAGUUAUGGGCGAGUAAUUUUAUAUUCAUGUCUGAGAAUGCGGGUACACCUCAUUCAAAUGUAGCUCACACAAAAGUUGUGCACAUAGCUUUACACAUUAGUUUUGCGCCAAGGCUAUAGAUAAACCUAGGAAUGUAGCGUGCUCAUGAUGUGUAUCUAACUCACAUUGUUACAUAGCGAUGGUGUCAUUGAGUUUGUGUUUCAGAUGUCAUUUCCUGUACACUCAAAGUAUAAAUAUCCCUUUCUGGUUUAGUGACAGAUCCUAAUUAAUUAUUUUUCUCACCUUCAUUACCUUCUUUACCUUGUGUACUUAAUUAAUUCAUUAGCAGCAGCCCCUUUACAUUGCAUGUACAUAUUUUAAUCAGUCUGUUGGGUCAUAUUCCAUGUAAAAAAAAAAUCAAAUGCAUUUUUUAAACAUUAACUUUGUUGUGUUUUUCUUGAUUUAAAUUUUGUAGUUAGAAGCUGGUUGUAAAUCAAGUCGGGGUGGGCCUGUCUGUCCCCUUUUUUGAUUAAAAUAGGACACACCAAGCCGUUGUUUAUCACUCAUGUGUACCUGAAUGGGAGCUACCAUUCUAACUAGCUGGGAGGGGUGUGCAGCAUGCUUUGUGGUGUAAAUAGAAUCAAUCCAUCCCAUCAUUAGGACAGCGAUCACCCCUGCAUUACCCACCCUUCAAAUGUCAAGUGUAAGGACUGCGCGUGUAGGCCAGUAAUUUGCAGGUUGUUUUGUUGAAAUUAUUCAAUGUGGAUUUUUUUUUAUUUUGGUAAAAAGGGCAUAUUUGAUGACAUGCUAGCACAAUCGUGAUGACCCUGGGUGUUGGAGAGAGAGAGACAAUUUUUUUUAAUGAUUCCACAGAAGGUGGAGCUUGUGUUAUUUUUAAAACUUGUUUCAAUUUGUUUGAUCUUGUAUGAUAUUUUCUUGUCUGUUGAAUGACCAGCGAAGACUGAAUGAAUAAAUAUUUUGAUAUCAUU